GAAUUGAUUGUAUUAUCAGCUUAAGUUUUAACAAAAAACUAUUUUAAAUCCGUUUUCAAUUCGUCAUGAUCACAAGAAAUGGCCAACAAGUUUAACUGGACCGUAUUAUACCUAGUGGCAAGUCUCUGUUGUUGUUACUGUCACACGACGUUAAAUGAGGAUUUGUCGAAAAGUGAUGGAGUUUUCAAAAAUGAUUCGAUGAUUGAAAACAAUCAAGAACCGUAUUUUCCACUUGGACCGCUUGUCAAAUGCUCAUUUCUACCUAUGGAAUUUAUUGAUUGUGAAUCAGUAGAUUUAAAAGGCAAUAAAUCAAGAGAUGAUUCUGGUUCAGGAGGUUGUUAUAAGUAUGGUGGUAGCUAUAGAUAUGAAGACGUACAACAAGUAGAUGUCCAAUGCACUGUUUUAGAAGGAAUAGAAUGUCAUGGUUCUCGAACAUUCACUAAAAAAUUUCCAUGUGUUAAAUAUGGUGGCUAUUAUUUUCUAACAACUCUUCUGUACUCAAUUUUACUUGGUUUCCUUGGUAUGGACAGAUUUUGCUUAGGACAAACUGGAACAGCCGUAGGAAAAUUAUUGACACUUGGAGGUGGUGGAAUUUGGUGGAUAGUAGACGUUAUACUAUUAGUAACUAAUCAACUUUUACCUGAAGAUGGCAGUAAUUGGAAUAAUUAUGUUUAAAAUUAUCAUUAUAUUUUUGUUACCUUAAUAUGUAUAUAUAUAUUAAUAUUAAAAUCAA